AUGGGGCGGGAUUGUAGAGAAUGGGUGAGAGGAAGUGUAAUUGGAGUAGGAUCAUUUGGCACUGUGAGCCAGGCCUUGGAUAAGGCUACAGGGGAGCUGCUUGCUGUUAAGUCUGUUGAAUGCACUGAGGAGAGAAGGGUGGAGCUUGUUGCCAUGGAGAAUGAGAUAAGAAUUCUGAGGAAAAUGGAUUCUCCAUGGUUUGUGAAGUUUAUGGGAGAGAAUUACUGUGAAGAUGGUGGUUUAAUCAGGAGAGAUUUGUUGAUGGAAUAUAUGGCAGGAGGAAGUGUGGCAGAUGUUAUUCAGAGGUUUGGAGGGCAGCUGGAGGAGUCACUCAUUAGGGUAUACACUAGAGGUAUUGUUAAGGGCAUUGAAUAUCUCCACAAUCAGGGGAUUGUGCAUUGUGACAUCAAGGGAAAGAAUGUGCUGGUGGGGAACUGCGGUGUGAAAUUAGCAGAUUUUGGGUUUGCUAAGGAUAUGGUGAGUGAGGGUGAAAGCAGUGUUCAAUGGAGUGGGACGCCUCUGUGGAUGGCUCCAGAGGUGGUGAAUCAAGUGGAGGGGGGGUCACCUUGUGAUAUAUGGUAUUUGGGAUGUACAGUUGUGGAGAUGGCCACUGGCAGGCCUCCAUGGACUAACAUUUCUCAUCCUUUGGCUGCCAUGUACAAAAUUGGGUGCUCUGAUGAACUGCCUGAGUUUCCAAAGAGUCUGUCUGCUGAAGGUCGUGAUUUUCUAGAGAAAUGCUUCAGAAGGGAUCCUAAGCAAAGGUGGACUAGUGCCCAAUUGCUUGGACACCCUUUUCUCAAUGACUGUGUGCAGCAGAGGCCACCAUCUCCCAUAAGCACUUUGAAUUUUCACAAUGCAGAAAAUCAGUGCAAUGAAUCCAACAAUUCUGGAACUUUUUCUGGUUCAAUUCCCCAAGUAACUUUGUAUGGCAAUUUGCCCAAAUCUCCUCAGGAGGAGCAGGCAAGGCACAAUAACAGUGAGGUAAAGAGGAUGUCUGCAGAAAGGCCAAGGCCAUCUCCAAGCCAGAGAGUGGCAGAAUUGGCUGAGAAAAUUGUUGGUGCAAGUAACAGCAGUGCUAACAAGCCUAAUUGGUGUUUAACCCCAACCUCAAAUUGGAUUGUUGUGAGGUCCAUUAGUAAGCCUCCCCUGUUAGACACUCUUUUUACAGAUUUCAUUAAUGAAUCCUCUGCCCAGAGCACUCCCUCCACUCAGAAUUCACAGGCUGAUUAUAAUUCAACUUCUCAAAAUAGUAAAUUAUCCAAUUACGACCCAUCUCUGACUAGGUCUUCAGCUAACAAAUGCAAUGAUCCAAGUGGUAGCCAUGGCUUCUGCAACUCAAUUGCACAUUUGACUGAUUUCUGUAAAGAAUUGGCAGCUCCAGAAAGCAGCCCUGAAAUUGUUGACAUCCAUAAAAGAAAACAGGGCAUCAGAGAUUUGAAUCAUUCAAGGCUCAAUAACAAGCUACUCAAGUUCUUGAUGAAUAUUUUUUUUUAUCCUGAUACAAUCCUGCAGCUUAUGUUGCUAACAAGACUUGGCCAAAAUUGUACAAGACUUGAGGCCGGGCAUUGGAAACCUAAGACAUCAUUACCAGAUGACAUUUAUUAUAGUAUUAUAAGAACAAGAGUAGAUUCUUCAAGAAACAGGGUAUGGUGGAUCUUUAACAGUAAAGGAAGGAAUUUGUGCCCAUAUGAUUGUAGUAUAUUUACUUCGAAAUCCUACAGUGAAAAAAUUAAUGUGAAUGGAAGGAAUAGAAGUUAUAUUGUUAUAUUUUCUACCAGACUGUUUUCAAUAAAUUAUUUUAGUGCUAUAUGGUUGGCUGACCCUCUCUUUGUAUGUUCUUAUAGGAAAAAGUUUCCAUUAAAUAGCCUUCUGUAUUAG